AUGGCUUGGUCAAUUGAGCUCUCGGAGUUUGACAUCACCUUUGAAGCACGAGGCCCUAUUAAAUCCCAAUGCUUGGCUGAUUUUAUGAACGAGUUGCAGCCGAAAGGCCAUUUUGUAAGUGACCUGUGGACAAUGCAUGUAGAUGGGUCUUCAAAUAACCAAGGUUGUGGAGCAGGAGUAAUCCUUGAAGGACCAUCCGGAUUGAUACUCGAACAGUCCCUACGAUUUGCAUUCAAGACCUCCAAUAAUCAGGCCGAAUACGAGGCAUUAUUGGCAGGGUUAAGGCUCGCCCAAGAAGUUGGUGCUCGGCGAAUAGUGUGUUGGACAGAUUCAAAAAUCGUCUCGGAACAGGUUAAUGAUCACUUUCAGGUGAAAGACCCCAACUUGUUGAAAUAUUACCACUUGUUUCAGAAUGCACGUAACACCUUUGACGAGGUCCAGGUUAAGCAUACCCCAAGGGAACGUAAUGAACGCGCCGAUCAACUGGCUCGGCUGGCUAGCAGUGGCCGAAAACCCGGGCAGCUUCGAACUACUCUUCAUCUCGACCUCGCAACUCCUAGUGUGAAACCGAAUGAGUGUUUAACGGUCGAUGAACCUCAACAGACUUGGAUCGCUGACAUAAUGAAUUACAUCAAGUCGGGAAAACAACCAACCGAACCUUCCGCCGCCAAAAAGCUUCGUGCACAGGCAGCCCGAUACUCAGUAAUAAACGGUGAAUUGUACCGAAGAGGCUUCUCCACCCCAUUGUUGAAAUGCAUUGAUUCAACACAAGCAAAUUACGUGCUGAGAGAGAUCCAUGAAGGCAUUUGUGGGUCUCACUCGGGUGGAAGAACUCUAGCAGCCAAAGUGUUAAGAGCUGGAUACUACUGGCCAACUCUUAGAACUGAUUGUGUUAAAUUUGUUAAGCGAUGCAUGCAAUGCCAACGCCAUGGGAAUAUUAUUCACGCCUCGGCUGAAGAGUUACACAGCAUUAGCUCUCCUUGGCCCUUUGCACUAUGGGGGAUGGACAUCCUCGCUGGUAUGGUGCAGAAGUUUUUGUGGAAGAACAUUGUCACGCGCUUCGGUAUACCAUAUGCCAUUGUAACCGACAAUGGUCUCCAAUUCACAGAUCAAAAGUUGAACAAGUUCAUCCAAGACUUAGGCAUACGGCAUCGAUUCACAUCGGUUGAACAUCCUCAAUCGAACGGACAAGCCGAGGCGGCAAAUAAAGUCAUCUUAACAGAGUUGAAAAAGCGCUUGGGAGAUUCUAAGGGCGCCUGGGCCGAAGAACUAGUAGAAGUUUUGUGGGCUUAUAGAUGUACGCCUCAAUCCACAACAAAGGAAACACCGUUCCGAUUGACAUACGGUACUGAGGCCAUGAUUCCGGUGGAAGUAGGUGAACCUUCCUUCCGCCGUUUACAUUUUGACGAAGCAGGCAACGACGCAUCUCUUCGGGUUGAAGUUGAUGUCAUAGACGAGAUCCGAGACAAGGCGCGUAUAAUGGCGGAAGCAUGCAAGCAAAGAAUGACCCGGCGCUUCAACUCCACCCUUUCGAAGCGAUGUUUCAAGGAGGUUGACCUAGUAUGGCGUGUACAAGGAUCGGCAAG